GUAGGCGGAGAUACAAUACCAUGCCACAAGCAGAGACUUGUCUCAUCAGGGCUAUCUUCUGACCGGGUCGCAAGGGAGAAUGUUUUUAAUUUUUUUUAUUCAUGAAUCACUGUUAUGAUUAUUAUUCCCUAUCUAGCACUGUUUCAACCUACCACUGUAUUCAGAGCUGUCAUCGAGUAACUCCAAUGCUGCGCGCGGACUCGCUAGUCUUGUGCACGCCACUGGUAAGCAGUGGGUGUGUACAUGACAGCUCCUACCUAUCAGUGUAAACGCCGAGCCCGGAGCCUGUGCACCAUAGCUGAAGUGCAGAAAGAAUAAAGAUGGAAGGAGCGGGGUCCUUUGGAGCUGGCAGAGCUGGAGGGGCUUUAGACCCUGUCGCCUUUGUUAAACAGCCACAGACUAUCCUUAGAAUAUUGUCGUGGAUCUUCUCCAUUGUGGUGUUUGGCUCCAUUGUGAAUGAAGGCUACAUUAACAGUGGAAGUGAAAGACUGCACUGUAUUUUCAACAAGAACAACGAUGCCUGUAACUAUGGGAUUACCAUUGGAGUCAUUGCAUUUCUCGCUAGCAUAUUUUUCUUUGCCUUGGACAUUUACUUCCCACAGAUAAGCAGUGUUAAAGACAGGAAGAAGGCUGUCCUCUUGGAGAUGGGGUUUUCAGGUUUCUGGGCAUUUCUGUGGUUUGUUGGAUUCUGCUUCCUGGCCAAUCAGUGGCAGCGCACCUCCCCGAGAGAGCUGCCCCUGAAUCAGGGUGCAGACGCUGCCAGGGCUGCUAUAGCCUUCUCAUUUUUCUCCAUCAUCACCUGGGCUGGGCUGACUGUGAGGGCUGUGCAGAAGUACCUGUUGGGCACAGACAUGACCCUUUUUACCACGGACCACGUCGAUGGCAACCCCACCAUCCAACCCUACCCCACCGGCACCACUAUGGAGACGACCGAAACCUACCAGAGCCCUCCUUUCACCGAGAACCUCCAGACCAGCCCCAAGGGCUACCAAGUGCCAACUUACUAGAUUGGUGCUGAUGGGAAAGUCUGUCACAAUUAAGAAGAAAACAAAAAAGAGAAUAAUGCAUCUGAUCUGAGUGUGGUACAGUGCUGUUUCACUGGGUGGAUGUCUACUGUUUACCCAUGAAGUCAGUUUCUUUAUGUAGCUGCCCAAUAACCUUGGGCAGUGUACUAGUGUUCAUAGGUAGUUGUGCUGUGACAUUCUGUACAGGAGCAGUAUGUUGGUUGUACUUUCAUGUCUGUCCGGAUAGGUGGGUAGCUAGGUAGGCCCUAGCUAAAUCUUGGGUAGUGGUGCCCAGCAAAGUAAUCCAUAUACAAUACAAGCACUGAAUGAAACCUGUAGUGUUCCUCCUGUGAACUGGACUUGUUUAAUUUUAGUGAGUAGAGACAGUCUCUGUUUUCUUCUAUUUUCACUCAAUCCAACAUGUUUCUGCUAUAGAACCCGAAACAGUAUGUGGUCAAAUACACUUACAUGGUUUACUAAGGCUCCUCUCUGUGUUAUCUCUGUCAGACUUAUUUUCCUUUCCUUUAUACAGGAAAUUGGAGCAUCAUGUGUACUUAUUUAAAUCAUUUAUUUAGUUUCAUUUAAAUCCAUUCAAGCACAAGAAAGCCUUCCACUGAUAGUGGCCCUAACUGUGCUUCAUUUGAAAAGAGAAUAGAGGCCAUAAAAAGUAAUACAGCAAUUACUUUAGUAAUUACUUUGAGGAAUAAAAAAUAUUUUUUUGUUAUUUCAAGGGGUGACCCUACGUGUCAUGAGAUUGGCAAUGGCAGGUUUGCAUUCAUGUAUAUUACAUUUUAUCGGUUGCGCUUGGAAUGGAUUAUAUUACCAGUUCCAGUAUUAAAAAUGAACACAGUGCCAUACAUUAUGGAUAAUGACUUGAAAAUACGAGAUUCCUAUAUGCUGUAAAUUCAAACACUUUGCAACAAAAUGCAAAUAUAGGCAAAAGAACCAUAAAAAAUAGCUAAAAGAUCAGCAGAAUGUCACCGUAUAAUGAGUGUUCUAAUUAAAUAUCUUUUCUUAUUAUAAGCUGUCAAACUUUGUCAUGCAGUGAUUUCUGUCAAGCCAAGUGUUGUCUUUAGGUAAAUUUUGAAGUUGUCUUCAGUGAGAGCACUGGGUAAAAAUUUAUGCAGCUUAAAGACACCUCAUUGUAGAUAGCUUUGUUCAGUGUUUUAAUGAUGAUUCAUAUACUCCUUGUGAUACAAGCCAAUGGCCUGUCUGGUUUGUAAAAGUUUAUGUAUUAGGUAUUCUAGGUCUGUAUAAAAGUAAAAAGAUUAUCAAGAGCAAGUGUUACCCCUGUCUACUGUAAGUAGAUGUAAGAUCUUGGUAGAAUACAGUAUAUUAAAGAUUGUCAAAUUCAAUGGUGUUACAAAGUGAAAAUCUGUAUCAGUGUGAAUGUAAGCACACAAUGCCUACAUUGUAUUGCAUACCACUUUUUAACCAAUGGUACUAUCAAGGGAUCCUCUCAAAAGUUCAGUUUAAUCAGCCUCGAAAAGAGAAGAAUUUAUGGCAGUGGUCCCAAUCUUCUGGACCAAGUGUAAUAUUAGAAACAGCACACUAUACUGGUGGUAUCCUGUAUUAAAAUAAAGUUAAUUAGAUAUUAACAGUAUUGUCCAUAACUAAUAAAAAAUUUUCAAAUAUCAAAUGCGUUUCUUUUUUGCAAAUUCUAUAAGUUGACAUAAUUGUUCUGGUAGCAUUUCUUAUCAAAACUGUCAUAUAUAUUUGUACAUUCCAUGGGAACACCUAGCAAUGUCAUUAGCUAGUCCUAUUUCAGUUUGUCAUUUUAUACUGUAAAUCAUAAAUCUAUGUAUCAUUUUAUGCCUCAAAAUUAUGUCAGAUUAAGAUUUUGAUAAUUGGUCCUUGUGAAUGUAUUAUGGUUCUAAAGCUACUGUUUGUAUUAUCAAAUCAAAAUACACAUUAUCAGACAUGUCAUUGACUUAAACUACUGUAUCUCUUGAUUAUUUUAAUUUUUUAUUCCUAUUGUAUAUCUGUAUUUAUAAAAGAAACAUUGCAAGUUUCUGGCUGGGUACCACUGGUUAAAUAUAAAUGUGAUUGAUGCAUAAUGGAUCAUAAUGUAUAAUAACUGCUUUCAGUCAAGCAAAAUAAACAAAAAAUGUAAUGGAAAAAUAAACUUACAAUUGAGAAUGAAAAUGAAAAUUGAGACUUAUUGUGACUUGUGACUUGUGACUUUACACUGUACACUGUAUGCCCAGUUAGACUAACACUGGUCAAGGAUUUUAACUGAUUUUACAAUCAAAAGGACUGUUGCUUGUCAAAAGCAGGUGGGGUGCUGCUGUUGUACACCUGUGUGUUUCCACUGCCUUGUUUCUGAAAAUGUCUUAAUAAAUGUGAUUCACUAUAUUAAUGAAAAAGGAAGCUGAUGAUAUAUAACAGUAAACCAAUGAGUGCUUCAUGGCUAAAUAUAUAUAAUAUAUAUAAUAAUAUAUAUCAUUUGGUCCUCCCAAACAAUGCAUCCCGCUAAAGCACUCAUUUUUGAUUAAUUAAUUCAUCAGCAUAUAUGUGUUCAUUGAUCCAUUGGUUCAGAAUCAAAUCGUGACUGUGCUGUGGGGCAAUGCACAAUUGGCUAGAGAGUGAUGCAGCAGAGAGGGUUUUCCUCAUCUCGUCCCACAACAGCAACUCUUCAAGUUAUACCUUGAGUCUGCCUGUGUAAUCUGCAUGAGAGUGCAGUCUUGGUGCAAAAUCUGUGCAGAUGAUGAGACAGUGAAAGGCCUUGUUUGGCAGUAAGUUCUCUGAACUUACUGAUGUAUUCCUGAACUUUCCCAAAUUUUCUGGAGCAUGUUGCAAUGCUUGGAAAGGCCUACAAACACAAUAGAAUAUAUGAAAACAAACGCUGUAUGACAAAAAGUUGACUGUAUUCCUGAAGUUCUAGGUGCUACUGUUAGUAAAAUCUGUGCUUUAAAAGAGUUUAUUCUUUAUACAGGGGGGGAAUGAGCAAGGUGUUCUUUUUGUUCCUCAAAUAAAAUACAAAAAUCAGUUUACCUAUGACUGAAUUCAACCUUAGCAAAUUAUGAUAAUGAUUAAAAAAUAAUGCAGUACAGAGAAAUCUUGGAGCUGGAACCUUUUUUCUUUUAUCUUAUAACAUUUGAGAUAAUCCCUGGCUGGGAGCAGGUUUGGGAGUGCGUGACAGUUCCUCUUAACAGUUCAUAGUGUAAUCUGUGGUAACACAUCCCUAAUGUAUCUGUACGCUGUGAGAUAGGGUCAUGUACUCAGUGAUAUUGAUUGUAAUUCAGUAUAUCUUAAUGGACUCUGUUUAAACUGUUCAAGGUCGUGUGUUUCCUGUACUGAUAAUGCACUCAUUAAAAUACUUGGACCAAUUUUA